AUGGCGUCUAUCGCGAGCCUUUCGUUGACGACUCCCGUUACCACCGCCACCGCACUCGCCGCUUCUUCAAGCGCGGCACGUGGCAACAGCCUGAACGCCAAGAGCAGCGUGCCGUUGCGAUGCGUCACCCCAAUGGCCCGGCCCGCCGUUCGCUGCCAGGCGCAGCCAGCGCCAGUCGUGGCGGCGGCGGCGGCGCCGUCAGCGGUUGCGGCGCUGCCGUUCCGCGUGGGGCAUGGGUUCGACCUGCACCGGCUGGAGCCGAACCUUCCCCUGAUCAUCGGCGGGGUGAAUAUUCCGCACGACCGCGGCUGUGACGCGCAUUCUGACGGCGAUGUGUUGCUGCACUGUGUGGUGGACGCGGUGCUGGGAGCGCUUGGGCUGCCAGACAUCGGCCAGCUCUUCCCCGACAACGACCCCAAUCUGAAGGGCGCCGCCUCCCACCUCUUUCUUGAAGAGGCGGUGCGGCGCAUGCACGAGGCAGGGUACACGGUGGGCAAUCUGGACGCUACUGUCAUCCUGCAGCGACCCAAACUCAGCCCGCACAAGCCCACCAUCAAGGCCAACCUCGCUGCCUUACUCCAGGCACCUGAAGAUGUCAUCAAUGUGAAGGCCAAGACGCACGAGAAGGUGGAUAGUCUUGGCGAGAAUAGAAGUGUUGGUUGCCACUGUGUUGUGCUUUUGAUGCGCAAGGAAUGA